AUGCUAUCCUUGCUGCCAGUAGUCCUCCUCGCGACGGCGGCAAAGUCCGCCGUCGCCACGCCUGUCAUCAGCUCUCGCGACAGUGCUAGACCCGAGGUCGAGGUUGCCAAUGGCACUUAUGCCGGCGUUCAUCUCCCUUCCGGCCAGGAUCAGUUCUUGGGCAUCCCUUUUGCACAGCCCCCCGUCGGCUCGCUACGCUUCCACAAUCCAGUGCCUCUGAACACGACUUGGGACGGUCCGCGGGAUGCAGCUGCGCUGUCUGCCUCGUGCGUAGGCUAUGGGGAUUGUCUCUAUCUGAAUAUCUGGCGGCCAUCAGGCUAUGAGAACCAGACGCUGCCCGUUGCUGUGUGGAUUCACGGCGGUGGUUUCGUUCAAGGCGCUGGCAGUGACCUGCGCUACAAUCUCUCCUUCAUUGUCGACCAAUCCCAGGCAAUCGGCGAGCCCAUCAUCGGCGUCAACCUCAACUACCGCCUGAGUGCCUGGGGGUUCCUCAACUCUCAGGACUUCUUCGACAGCGGCUCCUCCAACAUGGGUCUUCGUGACCAGCGCCUUUCCCUGCACUGGAUAAAGGAAAACAUCGCCGCUUUUGGAGGCGACCCUGAGAGGAUCACCAUCUGGGGCCAGAGUGCCGGUGCCGCCUCCGUGGGCCACCAGAUCCUCGCCUACAACGGCCGUGACGAUGGCCUCUUCCACCAGGCCAUCAUGGGCAGUGGCGCACCGCUGGCCAUCUCCUCCUUGGCUGACCUAGCCGAGUCUCGAUGGGAUCUCCUCCUAAACCGUACUGGGUGUGACACGGCAAGUGAGGCCGUCGAGUGCUUGCGAAGCCUGCCUUUCGAGGACCUGAAUGCCGUCAUUAACACGACCGAGCUGUCUGGUGGCUGGAUGCCCAAGAUUGACAACGACUUCAUCGUGCGCGAAUCUUCCCUCCAGAUCGCUGAUGGCAGCUUCGUCAAGGUGCCUAUCAUCGUUGGAGACAACACUGACGAGGGUACCUCGUUUGGGCCCAAGGGUGUAAACACGACAGACCAGUUCAAGACUGCCGUGAUGCAAGGCUCGAUUAACUCCUCAUAUGCCGAGGAGAUUGUUGAGAUCUAUACCGAGGAACCAAUCAGCCCCAUCUUGACCAACCAAGCCAAUGACUGGGUUCCUCCUCCCUCCGCCGGCGCUCUGUACCGAUCGACGGUCGCCUACUUCGGGGACCAGGCCAUGAUUGCGCCUCGCCGCCUCACGGCGCGAACCUGGGCCGAGAACGAUCUCCCCGUCUGGUCCUACCGUUUCAACGCCAUCCCCGCGUGGGCGACCUACCUCGAUGGCGCAACGCACUUCGUGGAGGUGGCCUUUUCCAUGCGCAACCUCGACGGUGUGGGGUACCCGCCGAUCCGCGUCAACCCAUUCCAAGGCCUGUCCGAGUCGUACCGGGAUCUUGCCCGACUGAUGAGCAGCGACUGGGUGCACUUUGUCGCAAAGGGAAGUCCGGAUGGGUGGAGCGGCCGUGAGGAUGCAGCCAAGACGCUUGGGGUGCCGGUGCCGUCCUGGCCGCAGUACUCUGUCGAGGGGGGUGACGCUGCGAGCAAUUUUGUUUAUGAGGGCAAUGUGACCAGCUAUGUCGAGGAGGAUACGUAUCGUCUCAAGGGGAUCGAUCUCAUUAUAUCCGCGAGCCGAGAGGUUUACGGCAAGUAG